AUGAUUGCGACGCAGGCAAAGCUGGUUUACCAGCUAAACAAAUAUUACAACGAGAGAUGCCAAGCUCGCAAAGCGGCCAUUGCAAAGACUAUAAGGGAGGUUUGUAAAGUGGUGUCGGAUGUCCUGAAGGAGGUGGAAGUGCAGGAGCCUCGUUUUAUCAGCUCCCUCAGUGAGAUAGAUGCGCGCUAUGAGGGGAUGGAGGUCAUCUCCCCCAAUGAGUUUGAGGUGGUGCUCUACCUCAACCAAAUGGGGGUGUUCAACUUUGUGGACGACGGCUCCUUGCCCGGCUGUGCGGUGCUGAAGCUGAGUGAUGGCCGUAAAAGGAGCAUGUCGCUGUGGGUCGAGUUCAUCACAGCGUCGGGCUACCUAUCAGCAAGAAAGAUCCGUUCCAGGUUUCAGACUCUGGUGGCACAAGCCGUGGAUAAAUGCAGCUACCGCGACGUGGUUAAGAUGGUAGCGGACACCAGUGAGGUCAAACUACGGAUCAGGGAGAGGUAUGUGGUGCAGAUCACCCCCGCGUUCAAGUGCACUGGGAUUUGGCCCAGAAGUGCAGCUCAGUGGCCCAUGCCUCACAUCCCCUGGCCCGGUCCUAACCGAGUAGCAGAAGUCAAAGCCGAGGGUUUUAACCUCCUCUCCAAAGAGUGCUACUCGUUAACGGGGAAGCAAAGCUCUGCAGAGAGCGAUGCCUGGGUCCUGCAGUUCAGCGAGGCCGAGAAUAGGCUGCUAAUGGCCGGCUGCAGGAAGAAGUGUCUGUCCGUGCUCAAGACUCUGAGGGACCGUCACCUGGAGCUACCGGGACAGCCACUCCACAACUACCACAUGAAGACCCUGCUGCUGUACGAGUGUGAGAAACACCCAAGAGAGACCGACUGGGACGAGUCUUGCCUCGGAGACCGACUGAAUGGCAUCCUGCUGCAGCUCAUAUCCUGUCUGCAGUGCCGCAGAUGUCCCCACUACUUCUUGCCAAACUUGGACUUGUUUCAGGGAAAGCCUCACUCAGCCCUGGAGGCUGCUGCUAAGCAGACGUGGAGACUAGCGAGGGAAAUCCUCACCAAUGCUAAAAGUUUGGACAAAUUAUGAAGAGAUUGUUGAGAUUGAGUCGAGAGACAUUUUGGGAUAAAACUUCAGAGAAGGACAAAGAUGGUUCUCCAACUGAUUCUCCAAGCAAUGUGAAAAAAAAAUCAGUAACAAAACAAUGCAGCGAGAAAACCACACAAACCUUGUUUUUCUUUUUAAUGGAGCAAUUGGGCCACUGCCAGAGGGAAAGUGAAGGUACAUUUUCAGAUAAUGUAAUAACUUUUAGUUGUCUCCUUUAAAUGUUUUCACAAAGUGAAGAAACUUUUAUUUAAAUAUAUGCACAAAAUCGUUAAGUGAAAGAAUAAAAUGUAGCGUGCCAAGUUCAAUUUUUUUCAUUAUGUGACUUAAAAAGAAAUG